CUCUGCCGGGAGCGCCGCCGCCUCCCCACCGCCAUGGCAGCACCCGCGCCCAGUCUCAUCUCGGUCUUCUCCAGCCCGCAAGAGCUGGGCGCGUCGCUGGCGCAGCUGGUGGCGCAGCGGGCCGCGAGCUGCCUGGAAGGGGACCGUGGCCGCUUCGCGCUUGGUCUGUCAGGCGGCAGCCUGGUCUCCAUGCUAGCCCGAGACCUGCCCGCCGCCGCCGCUCCCGCUGGACCAGCCAGCUUUGCGCGCUGGACGCUCGGCUUCUGCGACGAGCGCCUCGUGCCCUUCGACCACGCCGAGAGCACGUACGGCCUCUACCGGGUGAGCGCUGCGGGGGCGCGCACCGUACGGGCUACGGGGGCCGCCGUGGGCCACGCCGAGCUGGCUCAGCCUACCGUGGAAACUCAAGAUACAAGGGCCGCCGUGGGCCACGCGGAGUCGGCUCAGUCCGCCGAGGAAGCGCGGGCCACGCCGAACUGGCUCAGCCUGCCUAGGAAACGCAAGGAUCUGCUUCAACGCCUACCCGCGGGCUCCGGGCCCCACGGGGUCUUGCUGGAUGCGCAGUGAUGUCCAUCCAAGUGCAGCCUGACGGGCCUCCGUCCCCCACACACCUGCUCUCAAAGCUGCCCAUCCCAGACAGCCAGGUCCUUACCAUCAAUCCUGCCCUACCUGUGGAGGAUGCUGCAGAGGACUAUGCCAGGAAACUGAGACAGGCCUUGCAAGGAGACGCUGUCCCUGUGUUUGACCUGCUGAUCCUGGGAGUGGGCCCUGACGGCCAUACCUGUUCGCUCUUCCCUGACCAUCCCCUCCUACAGGAGCGGGAGAAGAUCGUGGCUCCCAUCAGUGACUCCCCAAAGCCACCACCGCAGAGGGUGACCCUAACGCUUCCUGUGCUGAACGCAGCCCAAAGUAUCAUCUUUGUGGCCACGGGGGAAGGCAAGGCAGCUGUGCUGAAGCGCAUCCUGGAGGACAAGGAGGGCACGUUGCCCGCCGCCUUGGUGCAGCCGCGCACGGGCGCCCUCUGCUGGUUCCUGGACGAGGCAGCUGCCCGGCUGCUGUCUGUGCCCUUCGAGAAGCAUUCCACAUUGUAGGGGGUGCGCCAUGCACGCCGUGGGCACUUCGGGUGUUGUGGGAGCGGACUAGCUGCGGAUUAAACAGCUUUGCUGG